AUGGUACGUAUUUCCCUCUCUCUUCAAGCCUCCUUUGUCCUGACAUUCGUAUUUCGUCACUCUCAGCACCCGACUCAGUCUCGCAUGCUGUCUUUCACCUUCAGGGUCUUUACCCGCGCACAUCUCCAGAUCGAGGGUUCUGUACACAACAAGGCUCUCAGCAAGGAGCUGGCCAUAGGUGCUCUAAACCUCUCGGCAUUGGCUGUACAGAAGGCAUUCAAGCUAUGA